GUCUGUCCCCUCCCACUACUGUCCCCGCCUCUGGGGGUGUGGAGCUGUGUGCGGAGUUUAAUGACUUCCAUCCAGCAGUGUGUGAUCUGCUACGAAGAGCUGACUCAAGAUCUUAGCGCCGCUCCAUGCGGGCACGUGUUUCACUCAUUCUGCAUCAACAAAUGGAAUUCGCCGGGAAGGUGCUGCCCAAUCUGCCACGUCGUGCUACCGUCGGAGCUCCUCAAGCUGUACUACGAGCCCCAGAAAGACGCACCAGAUGAAACGGCCGUCGCAGGCUGUGCGCUAGAUUGCGGGACGAAGGACGUCGAAGCUAUGGCCGCAGAAAUGAAAAAGCUCCAAAGAAAAUUGACGAAAAGUAACAAGAGGUUUAUGGAGGGUGAGAAUGCGCGCACCCAGAAAGCCAGAGAGCUGGAGGACUUGAAGAGAGAAGUCGCCGCCGCGCACGUCGUUGCCGCGAACUCACAGAAGGAACUGGAGACUGCAAGGAUCGAUUUGUUCAAGAAGCACAGGGACAACAAUAGGCUCAAGCGAGAGUUGGAAGGAAACCAGAAGCGGCUUCGCGAGAUUCAGGGGGACCAGGUGGCUUACAGCUACCUGAGCCAGUUUUCGUCUCCUGCAAGGGGACGGGCUCUCGUUGGCCUAGGCCAGACGGACGUGGAGAAGGUGCUCGGACAGAUACGCCAAGGGAACACCCAGGCUGACACAGUCAUCAGGAGUCAGCACGAGCAGCUUACCGGGUCGAUGGAACGAGAGCAGAGAGCCAAACGGGAACUGCGUAAGUGGAAGCAGGAGGGCGAGACGAUAGGGCUCGAGCUGCAGGGGGUGCGGUCCAGGCUGGCCAAGGCGAGGAAGGAGGUCUCUCGGCUGGAGAAAGCCCUAGCUGAGGCCACCGUCAAGGCGGAGAGGCAGGCGCGAGGUAGUGAAUCGGCGUUACCCCCGGGGCCGUCCGCCGGGACCAUCCUCGGCGACUGGGUCGCGGAAGAGAGGCCCUGCAGCAGCGGGGGGGAGAGCAAGUGGGCGCUCUCCCGCAAGUCGGUCAGCGGGAGGCUAGGCGGCAAGGCGCCUUCGGCCCCGCGGGCUACGGCUUGCUUGGCUUCCAAGCUGGCCAAGAGAAAAUGGGUCGAGCGGGCCGACAAGGAGGAGGAGGACGAACUCGUGUCGCUCGGGUCAGAAUCGGAAGGCGAGGGCGACAGCAGCGAAGACGAGGGCGAGGAGGCGGAGCCAGGCUCGCAGGGAGACCUCAAAAAGACAGCGGAGAGGCGGGCGGCCUCGCGCGGCCACGGCAGCGGCGGCGGCGGCGCGUUAGGUGUGGCCAUGCUGAUAAAGCCAGGUCCACCUUCACGCACUUUUUUCACGUCGGCGGUGGCAAGAGGCGGGGCAGGAGCACAGCCGAACCGAAAGCCCGGAAAGCUCAUCAACAAGGGGUUCAACGCCGUGGGCGGGAGACAUCUAGUAGUACGACCUUCCGCCUCUUCCUCCACGAAACCUGCCUUCUAUCUCGGUGGCAAGCAGAGCCGCCUCGCCACCACUUCGCGCAACCUGACUCUUUAAAAAGCGCGCGUCAGCGGGGGGGAGCUUUUUGUUUCGCCCAUUGUAUUACGGAUGUCACGGCAAACGGCGGGAGCAUAGGCUUUCUUUCUGUGGGCCUGGUGCACCGAUCAUUGUGAAGGCUUGCAGCAGCAGUCCGAGCGGCAAUCUGGCCCAAGACGUGCGUGCGCGUACCCGGGGCUGGAAGGCGUUCAGGCCAACUCCCUUCAGUCGAUCGGGUGCAAGGCGUGCGUGAGAGCGCCCCUGUGCUAGUAGAAGGCUUCGAGCUUGUCUCCCUUCGUCGGAACAGUUUUGAUGUCGGCGAGUGUCCCGGAGUUGUCACUCCAGCAAGGUGGCAUCCAUACCCAGCAGCGGGAUGACCCCCCAGGUCUUGCGGAUAACGGUUGCCGGUUGAUUCAUGCGUCCGUGUUGCUUUUAUGCCUAUCCCGCCCUCGCCCGGGUUGGAAUAAUUUAUCUUGUGAAACUUCGAGAAAGUCCAGACGUUGGCGGAGGUUGUAUCUUGGCCUUGUGUGUGUGCCUUCAGCGACUACGUAGAAAGACGCCCGCUUUUGGGGGAUUCACGGUGCUACCGCGUAUGUAUGUAGGCCUUCAUGACUGACUAUAGAUGGAUCGGUGGAUUUUGUUCACCUCCAUGAGUUAGUGUGGGAGGCUGGAGUGCCAGAAGCGUUCACCACCAAGUGUACCGAUAUCGUAUUUUGCCCACGUUCUUUGUUGUGGCCAGGGAUUGUUUGCACCGCAGUAGCGGGGCGUGCAUAAGCGCAGCCUGAAAUGUCUAGUUGGUUGGAAUUAGAUCGUCGAUAUUGCAUGGGAAUUUUGAACGAACGGCGUACUUUUGUGGAUGUUGUGUGCAGCAUUGCUUCUAUCGUGACGCCUCCUCAUUCGUUAAACUUGGCCUUGGGACCCUUUUCUUUUCGUACGCGUUUAAACCUUGCCGCCGACUUUUUUUCAUGAGAAAGCCGGUCUGCUGAGCGAGCUUGAUAUUUAUAUGCUUGUGGAUUUCUUUCUGUCGAACAAAAAACUCCACAAUCAAAUGUAUCUCUCCGCCGAAUCCACCGUUGGCCUAGACGUAUGUAGACAACACUUUCAUCUCCUAUUUUUAAAUAGCAGCAAGUAGUCUAAUUCGAUUUCCCUCCCAAGCCUCCUUUAGAACUAACUCUGAACGGGGGGGGACGACGAGCGGAGGGUCGGCUGCUUUCUCGCCUAGUUGCCGAAUUUUCGGGUAAUCGCACACCCUUUACAGUGUAGAACGUCUUUCAUAGCU